GAAGGCACACUUUAGCGAGAUCGAAUAAAUAUUCGAAUACUUCUGCGAUCAUGCCUGCGAUCCCUUUCCCUCUGCAGUUCUGGCCGGUUACCAAGGAUCUAGGCUUGCAUCAUAUCAAGCUGGCCUAUAAAAUGCAGCCACUGUAAUUGUAUCGCAUAUAAUCAAUGUCGCUCCCAUCAGCCACUCCCAAAUUUCGAGUAGCAAUCUGUGGUGCGGGCAUAGGAGGGCUUCUCCUCGCUAUCACAAUUGGGAAGUUCGCAGGUCACGAUAUCCAGAUAGACUUAUAUGAAGCGCAUGACGCCAUCACGACCGCUGGGGCUGGAGUUACAGUCUCGCGGCGUACAUCAAAGGUCAUGGAAGAACUCGGUAUAUACGAAAAGAUCUCCAGUGUCUCGUACAAACCCACUUCCUCCAGCUAUGGGGAUAAAUCCAGGAGGUCUAAUUCCUCACAGGGUGGUUUUCGUCUGACCUUGGAAAACGCGCCACCCGCUAUGCACCGCCAGCAUCUCGUCGACAUUCUGACGCAACAUCUCCCCUCGUCAUGCAGGCUUCAUUUUAAUAAACGCCUCACUCAAUAUGGCAACCAUUCACCAAGAUCGUUCAUACUUCGCUUCGCUGAUGACAGCACCGCAACUACGGAUGUGUUGAUAGGGGCAGAUGGUGUCCACUCCUCGGUGCGGAAGACGCUCUUCCAGACGUUAGACCGAGACGUCGUGGACCCAAGUAAGAUAGGAUACUACGGAGAUCCAUCUUGGACCGGAACGAUGGUUUAUCGCGCUGUCAUCUCGGCGAACAAACUCUCCCAGAUAGAUCCAAACAACGUGGCUUUUGGGGGUCUUAUCAUAUUCUGCGGGAAGGGAAAGCAUGCCGUGUCAUAUCCGAUUUUACAAGGAACACUGAUCAAUAUUGUGGCAUUUGUCACUGAUGAACAGAAAGCUGGCACACCUUUCGAGGGUCAUUGGGUUUCAGAUGUGUCCCAAGAAGAGGUCCAGGAAUUAUACCAGGACUUCGACCCCGCUUUCGAGAACCUGUUGAAAUGUUGCGAAAACCUUUCAAGAUGGGCCCUUCAUGUAGUAAACGAAUUGCCUUUAUCAACUUACGGCAGAGUUGCCCUGAUAGGUGAUGCGUGCCAUGCCAUGACACCCUACUUGGGCGCCGGAGCUGGUCAGGCAAUGGAGGAUGCUUUUGUGCUUGGCCGCAUUCUUGCCCACCCGCUUACAACAUUGGAUAACGUGCCCACCGCGUUGAAAGUAUACCAGGAUGUUCGCCUCCCAUUCACUCAGUUCGUAGCACGUGAAUCGGAACGUACGGGACGUAUGUACGAAAUUGAUGCGCAUAGGACAUAUCAAGGGAAUGAAGAGAUGCAGGCUAAGAAAGAGCAGAUCGUAGGCCAGCAGAAUUGGGGAGGCAAUGGUGGUGCUCUUGCUGAAUGGUUAGAGGCAGAAAAGAAACUACAGGAAAGCUAUGAAGUUCUCUCAAAGCCCGGUGUCCCGAACCUCUAUGCGCGACUACUAUGCGCACAUGAUGUACAUGCAUAG